GGAGCAUAACUAUAAACAACAGCAUCCCGAGGUCCGUGAGAGUUAGUCAAAUCCCAAGAUGGCGUCCAGGGCGGCGGGCGGCGGGACUGUCCUUGCAUCGGGCAUAAGGACGAGGAAGAGGAAGGAACGCAAACUGUACAGCGAUGACUGGGCGCUGGGGGACGAGGAGAUCGAGGGUCACCACACCUUUGACCUCGAACAGAAGAUAUCCUCGCACGAGUUCGAUUCCUGUUUCGUGAAGGACAUGACCAACACAGAGUACAGCCUGGGUCAUGUGCAGGAGAAUGGGUUCAACUGGCCGCUGCUGUUUCGGGACAAGAGCAAACUGGGCAUCUGCAUACCCAGCGAGGACUUCACCAUCAAUGACGUGCGGCUGUGUGUGGGGUCGCGCCGGAUGCUGGACGUGAUGGAUGUGAACACGCAGAAGAAUGUGGAGAUGACCAUGAAGGACUGGCAGCGCUACUUUGAGAGCCAGGACAAGGACAAGCUGCUUAACGUCAUCUCCCUGGAGUUCUCCCACACCAAGCUGGAAUCCCUCAUCCAGGCGCCCACAGUGGUGCGGCAGAUCGACUGGGUGGAGCGUGUGUGGCCGCGUCACCUGAAGGAGGCGCAGACAGAGGCCACCAACGUGCUCGAGGACAUGAUGUACCCCAAGGUCCAGAAGUACUGCCUCAUGUCCGUGCGCGGCUGCUACACAGACUUCCACAUCGACUUUGGGGGCACCUCCGUCUGGUACCAUGUGCUGAGGGGGAAGAAGAUCUUUUGGCUCAUCCCCCCCACGGAACGUAACCUACAACUAUACGAGCAGUGGGUCCUCUCGGGCAAGCAGAGCGACAUAUUCUUUGGCGACACAGUGGUGAAAUGUGGAAGAGUGGAGCUGAACCAGGGCAACACUUUCUUUAUCCCCACUGGCUGGAUCCAUGCUGUAUACACGCCAGAGGACUCACUAGUCUUUGGGGGCAACUUCCUGCACAGCUUUGGCAUUGAGAAGCAGCUGAGAGUGGCCCAGGUGGAGGACGCUACCCAUGUCCCCUCCAAGUUCCGGUACCCCUUCUUCACGGAGAUGCUGUGGUACGUGCUGGAGCGCUACGUCCAUGUCCUGCUGGGCCGCACACACCUCUCGCUGCCGCCCGACGAGCAGGAGAAGUACGCCAAGUAUGUGGCCACGCGGCUCAAGGCGAACAACAACAACAAAGUGAAGGAGGAGGAGGAGGACAACGACGAGGAGGAGUCCAAGGCCGAAGCAGAACUCAAGGUCAACAUCCAAGGCCUCACCGUACCCCCAGAGGAGCACAUUCACCUGACGCAGUACGAGCUCCACGGUCUCAAGGCCAUUGUUAUGUACCUGCACGCCCUGCCCACCAGCAAGAAGUGUGUCCCGGAGCUCAUCACCGACCCCAUAGCUCUGAUCAGGGACGUGCGGACGGUUGUGGAGCAGCAUCGGUAUGACAACCCUGAGCUGGCCAAGACAUCUAAACCGGUGCUGGAGUGGUGGACUAGGGAGCCCACUAAGUUCGGGGUGAAGAGACCGCUCGGGGAGAACCCAAACGCCGGGCUGAAGCGUCGAAGGAGGAACUCUGACGAAAACCGGAUCGUGGGUCUGCCUCCGAAUGUGGCGAAAGUGAGGCACAGGAGAGUCCGAUGCAAGCUGUGUGAGUCGUGCCUGCGUGAGGACUGCCGGAAGUGUGGGUUCUGCCAGGAUAUGGUGAAGUAUGGCGGCCCGGGUACCAUGAAGCAGACCUGUAAGAUGAAGAAGUGUACCCAGCCCAUGCUCCCGGCCGCUGCUGUGUGCUAUGAGUGCCAGCUGGACGGGUGGGGCCGUGUGCUCACCGCGCCCCCACAGAAGCCCCCGGCCAACACCCCCAGCAGCCUCUUUGAGUGUUGCGUGUGCUUCAAGAUCUCCCACCUCAAGUGUAUCAGCAGCAAGUUCCCUGACGCGGAUGGCAUAGUGAACGAGGACUUGCCUAACAGCUGGGAGUGUCCGGAGUGCGUCAAGGAGGGCUACAACAAAGAGUACAAACACAACAGAGUCCCGAGCAGCAGGGUAUCGGGAGCAGGGAGCGACACGGGUGGCCUCAAGACACCUCAGAUCCUGAGUGAGGCAGAGGACCACGAGGUGAAGGUCAAACUCGAGGACCUGACCUCCCCCGACAAGACCAAGAAGGAGGAGGACGCCCCCACUCGCGGAGGAGGAGGUGGAGGAGGAGGAGGUGGUGGUGGAGGAGGUGGUGUUGGAGGCGGAGGAGGUGGAGGAGGAGUUGGAGGCAAGAUUGGGCAGGAGGCGGCGGGGCAGGAGGCAGCGGCGCCGCACAUGCCGUCGUGGGAACAGCUCCAGGCGCGGGUGUCCCGCCCGCUGGUGCGGCCCACGUGGGUGGUGCGGCCCGCGCCGCCGCCACCAGAGGACGAUGAGGACGAGGAGGACGAGGACGAGGAGAGUGGCAGCGACGGCGAGAGUCGCCCGUCGACCCGCGAGCCGCCGCCGCCCGCGCUGCGCCGCGCCGUGAUGGUGCCGGUGUUCCGCCACCUGAGCCGCCGCGACCUGCGCGUGGCCAUGCAGGUGUGCCGCGCCUGGGCCUCCUGGGCCCUCACGCCCAGCCUCUGGGCCUCCAUCGACCUGGCGCACGCCACGCUGGACCGCAACCACCUGGCGGGCGUGGUGCGCCGUCAGCCCGCGCGCCUCUGCCUCAGCUGGGCGCGCCUGGACGCCGAGCAGCUGUCGUGGCUGCUGGCGCGGCUGCCGCAGCUGCGGCGCCUGGAGCUGACGGGGCAGGAGUGGCCCCUCGUGGCCUGCCUCGCCUCGCCCUACUGCCCCGCCCUCACGGCCCUCGACCUGUCCCACUGCGCCGGCGUGACGGACGCCGCCCUGGCCUGCCUGCUGGGGCCACCGCGCGCCCACCGCCCCGGCCACCGCCACGCCAACUCGCGCCUGCGGCAGCUCACCUUCCUGUCCGUGGCGGGCACGCAGGUGGGCGACGAGGGCGUGCGGGCGGUGGUGAGGGCACUGCCGCACUUGUCCCACCUGGACCUGAGCGAGUGCCAGCGUGUGACGGAGGUGAGCGCCGCGCUGGUGGCGCACCCCGCCAGCGUGGUGCGCGACGCCCUCACGCACCUCGACCUGCGAGGCUGCCACGGCGUGGCGCCCACCUGCCUGCCCGCCCUCGCCCGCCUGCCGCGCCUCGCCCGGCUUGGUCUGCACCCCGGGGGCGUGCCCUUGCCCGCCGUCAGGGUCUGGGGCGCCUCGCACGGCUACACCCUCGACGAGGAGCACAUGCUGGUGCGCCCGCCGCCCGCCGCGCCGCGCCCAGACACUGACUUCGAGGACUCGGCGCCGCCCAGCCCCGCCCCGCCAGCCCCGCGCCCCGCCGAGCAGCGGCAGCGGGAGGAGAAGGAAGAGGUGAAGGCAGAGAAAGAUGAGAAGGAAGAAGGAGAGAAGGAAGAAAAGGAAGGAGAGAAGAAAGCCGUUGCCUCCGAGAUGAACGGUGCUGAAGGGAAGAAGGGCGGCGAGGGCGUGGCCGCGCCGCCUGAGGCUGACGCCCCCGCCUCCCCCCAGCGGCGGGAGAAGGCGGAGCAACAACAACAACAACUUGUACAGAAGAAGGAAGACAAGGAGGACAAGAAAAAAGACAGUGAAAACGAAAAGUCGACCUCACAGACAGACACAAAGGACAAGAACAAGACCUCAACUCCAUCCACCGCCUCCACCACCACCACCACCUCCACACCACCACAGACCCCCAAAGUGACCCCGGGGGAGGGGGGGAAGGGUAUCAAGAGGACCGCCACGCCCCCCCAGCAGCCCCCCGCCAAGAGGACACACGUCGGCCCCUCCCCCAGCAGGAAGAGGACGGAGAAGCAGGUUGGGAGGAAAGCAGGAGGGAAGAAAACAACCCCGCCUGCUGACUCCUCUUCCUCUUCAGCAGGGAAGGGAGUGACUGCUUCUGCUGCGCCGGAGAAGACUCGUGCCUCUUCCUCCUCCUCUUCCUCUUCCUCUUCUCCUCCUCCUCCCACCUCAGACCUCGGUAAAGUAGUGGAAAGUGAAGCGAAGAGUCCACGAUUAGGGAAGGUUGCUCUCUCUUCCUCUUCUCCCUCCUCCUCUUCUUCCUCUUCCUCCUCCUCCUCUUCUUCCUCUUCAUCAUCUUCCUCUUCACAAGACUCCAGAAAAAGUGCAGCUUCCUCUUCCUCUUCAGAUAGUAAAAAGUCCUCCUCUUCCUCUUUCUCUUCCUCUUCCGUCGAUACAAAAAAAUCAUCCUCUUCUUCCUCUUCCUCCUCUUCUGCUGAGUCCAAGAAGUCACACUCCUCUUCCUCCUCUCAAGAGCCCAAAAAGUCACCCUCUUCCUCCUCCUCCUCCUCCUCUUCCUCUUCACCCCAAGAAACGAAGAAGUCUAUCUCCUCUACCUCUUCCUCCUCUUCCUCACCAUCACCUCCACCUUCUCAAGACCCCAAGAAGACCACCACCACCACCACCACCACCACCUCCACCUCCUCUUCCUCUUCGCAAGACAAAACUCCUCUUGCCUCUUCAAAGGGAAACAAGAGUCUAGAAUCACUACCUCAGAACCAGAAGACUCUUGAAUCCUCCCCUUCCUCUUCCUCUUCAAAAGCCACCUCCGGAAAUCACAAACCUAACCAGUCCACAAAAGAAGCGACUAAUCAAGACCAAGCCUCCACCUCCUCCACCUCUUCCACCUCAUCCGCAUCCCCCUCCACUGCUACCAAGAGCCCUACCACACCCUCCACCCAGUCCACCACCCCUGCCAAACCCGCUGCCACUGGAACGGAAGAGAAGGAUGGACUGAAGGACGGGAAAGGUGGACUGCGACAAGGAGGGACGCAAGGGUCUACACAAACAGCCACGGGGUCUUCGCCAACCACCAAGACCAGCCCACAGCAGACCUCACAGACCAAAGCGACGUCACACAGCGCGAAAACCACAGCGAGUUCGUCCCCGCAGCGCCACAGAACGACGGCACAGACUCAGAAAACCGCGGUGAGUGACAGUAAGGCCACAGCGCAGUCGAACUCAUCCCCCACGGAACACAGCAAUGCCUCGUCUGCUUCCGCUAAGACCACAGCACCAAUAGCAGCAACAGGAGGAGGAAAGACAAGCACCCAGGCCCAACACAGCGCCAAACCAGCCUCACAGAACACUCGGAACACAACGCAGACUCAAAACAGCAACACACCAUCGCCUCAGAGCAACACAAAGUCCGCCAACACAACGCAAAAUGCCAGAGAGGGUAACGGAACUUCUGGUACCUCGAACGCCAGUAUGAGUCAGCAGGGAUCACAGGGGAGGCUCACCAGUCAGCAGAAGGAGGAUAGAAUGACCCAAGCCAGCCAGACCUUACGGAAAACUGCGACAUCCCCGGAAAUCCCGAAGGUCACAUUGGAGGCGAAAAUCGAGAGACCGGAGAAGGUGGAGGAGAAGGAGAAGGAGAAGACGAAAUCCUCCUCCGCCCAAGGGAAGGGAGAGACGGAGGGACGGAGGAAAGAAGCGGAUAAGGAGGAAAAUCAUGCUACGAAGAGUGGAGAGUCGCAAGCCAUUAGUCAGAAGAAUGUUAUCGUGACCUCUGUGGAAGUCCAUCGCGCCCACAACGAUGAAAAGAAAGUGGAGGAGAACGCAGCAGCCAACACCUCCACCUCCUCCACAUCCUCCUCUCUGCCUUCCUCGUCUUCCCCCUCCUCCUCCUCCUCCUCCUCCAGUGCAGCGAAGAGGCUGGAGAGGAGGCAAAGUGUGAGGAAGGCGAGGGAGGAGGAGGCGAAAGUGGAGGAGAAGAAGGAGAAGGAGAGGGAGAGAAGCGAACACAAGGAGAAGGAGGAGAAGGAGAAGAGGAAGGAGUCGAAAUCACGAGCGGAUGAGAUGAACAAAAUAACCAUUGAGGAGUCUGGAAAUAAACAACAACAACAACAACAACAACAACAACAGCAACAACAGGGCGGAGGACAGCCAGGAACAAGACGGAACUCGGACGAACCGCAACAACAGCAACACAAAAAACAACAAAACAACAGCAACAACAGCAACACGCACAAACGCAACACAAGUGAAAAACAACAGAAUCAACAGGAGCAUUCACCGUCCCCCUCUUCAUCAUCAUCAUCAUCAGGUUCUCGGUUCAAACAGGAGAAGGACAUUGUGACGCGUUCGACCAAGAGGCUGAAAACGGACGAAAAACAACAGGCAACAGGGACAACAACAGGAGGAGGUGGAGGAGAGGAGAGUAAGGGAACGGAAGAGUCGCCGAAGAGAGGAGAAGGAGGAGGAGGAGGAGGAGGAGGAGGGAAGGGGAAGACGAAGAGGGAAAAGGAGAAGAAGGAGGAGGAAGGGAAGGGAAGGAGGAGUAAAAUGGAAGCUGAAGAAUAUAUGUUAAAAUUACGUCGGAAAUCGAGUGAUGGAGGUGGAGGAGGUGGAGGAGGAGGUGGAGGAGGAGGUGGAGGAGGAGGAGGUGGAGGAGGAGGAGGAGGAGAGGCAAAUACAGGAGGAAACAGUGGAGGUACACCUGAAAAUCCCUCCACCUCCUCCUCCUCCUCUUCCUCUUCCGACCCACAGAAGAAAGAGGAAGACAAGGAGGAGAAGAUGAAGUCAAGAAGAAGAUCCACGAGGGAGGAGGAAGGAGGAAGACACGGGGAGAGAAGACAAAGGGAGGAGAGAGAGAAGUCUUCCUCUUCUUCCUCUUCCUCUUCCGACAAACACCACCAUCACCACCACCACCAUCACGACCCCUCCUCCUCCUCCUCCUCCUCUUCCUCUUCCUCUCACUCCUCCGAAUCAAGGAAGAGGAAAGCAGAGGAAGGGGAGGAGAGUGUUAGCAAGAGGAGUAGAGAGGGAGAGGAGGGAGGAAAGGGAGGAAGAAGGGAGGGAAGAGAGGGAGGGAGAGAGAGGCCAGAGAGGUCCCAUCGCUCUCCAAGAAGACUCUCCAUGUGUCAGUGAUUGAGUCCUCUUCCUCUUGAUUUUCCUCUUGUUCCUCUUCUUUGUCCUCUUUCCUCUUGGUAAUUUUUCCUCGUUGAUCUCUUUUGGUUUCUUCAUUUUCUUCCUCUUCUUUGUCUUCUGUUGCUUCCUCUUGAUUUUCUUCUUUGUCUUCUUUCCUCUUGAAUUUUGGUUUUGUUGUUUUCCUCUUCCUCUUUCAUUUUGUUCUCUUGUUUGGUCUUACUCUUACUCUUCUUCUUCCUCUUGAUCCUCUUCUUCCUCUUCUUUGUCCUCCUUCCUCUUGAAUUUUGGUUUUGUUGUUUUCUUCUUUGUCUUCUUCUGUCUUGUCCUCUUUAAUGUUUCAUCAUCACUUUCUUUUCUUCCUCUUCUUUGUCCUCUUUCCUCUUGAUUCUCUUGGAUCUGUCAUUUUCUUCUUCUGUCUCUUCCUCUUCCUUGUUUGGUCUUCUUACUUUUCCUCCUUUUCCUCUUCCUUUUGUCCUCAUUUUCCCCUUUUUCUUCCUCUUCCAAUUUCUUUUCUUCUUACUUUCUUCUCUUCUUCCUCCUCUUCCUCUUUUUCUUCCUUUUUAUUUCCUGUGAGAGAGAAAAGAAACCAAUUUUUAGAUACAUUGUGAGAGAGAGAGAGAGAGAGAGAGAGAGAGAGAGAGAGAGAGAGACCGACCAGAUACAUUUGCUACCUAACUCCACUUUUUUUUUUUUUUUGUAUAUAUUUAAAACUUACUUUGAAGAUUAGAAAAAAAAAUAGUUACGAAGCAAUUUUUAAAAAGUUAAGUUUAGAUUAUUAUUAUUAUUAUUAUUAUUAUUACUUAAGGAAUAAAAAGGCAGGUACAAAGUAAUGUUUUUUUGUUUUUGUUUUUUGUUUGUGUUUGUUUGUUAGUGUAAAUUUGAAGGUUGAAAAUAAGAAGUGUUGUGAUUGAGAGAGAAAGAAAGAGAAAGGAGAAGAAAAAGUUGAAGAAAGAGAGAGAGAAAGAAGGAAAAAGAUGUGAGAUAGAAAUAGAAAAAGACAAAGAGAGAGAAAGGAGAAGAAAAUGAUAGAGAGAAAGGAAAAGAAAACGUUAGAGAGAAAGAAAGAAUGUUAAAGAAAACAAAUAAAAAGAAAAUGUUAAAGAAAAGAGAAAAAUGUUAAGAGAAAAAGAAAGAAAAAGAAAAUGUUAAAGAAAAGAAAUAAAAAGAAAAUGUUAAAGGGAAAGAAAAUAUUAGAGAAAGAAAAAGUUAAAGAAAGAAAGAAGAAGAAAAGUUAGAGAAAGAAAGAAAAAGAAAACUUGUGAUCGAAAGAAAGAAAAAGAAAAUGUUAGAUAUGGAAAAGAAAACAGUAAAAAAGAAAGAAAAAAGAAGAAAAUGUUAGUGAAAGAGAAAUAAGGAAAAGUUAAAGAAAGAUAGAAAGAUAAAAAAAAGUUAGAGAAAGAAAAAGAAAUAAAAGAAAAUGUUAGUGGUGAAAGAAAGACAAUGUUAGAGAGAGAGAAAGAAAGAAAGAAAAAGUUAAGUAGAAUAAUGCUUUAAGUUUUUGUACAUAAAUCAUAAUACAUUUUAAGAGUAAUUUUUGUUGAUUUACUAUUACUAUUACUAUUAUUAUUAUUACUACUACUAUUACUACUAUUACUACUACUACUACUACUACUACUACUACUACUACUACUACUACUACUACUACUAUUAAUGUUAUCACCUAUACAGUACAUGGAUUAAGAGAAGAUAGGGAAAAAAGAAAAGAUAGAAAAGGGAAGGAAAAGAAGACUGGAUAGAUAGUAAGGGAGAUAAAGGGAGGAAGGGAGAGGUAAGGGAGAAUAAGGAAGGGAGGAAGGAAAUGAGGAAAGAGAAGAUGAGGAGGAGGAGGAGUAGAAGGAGGGAGGAGGA